CUAGGAGGAAAAUGAUCAUCUGCGCAAAGAAAAUGGAUUAUCGCCUAGGAACUCAGUGCCAGCGCGUCCAGAACCAGGCGAUGAAGGUGAACUCAGAGAAGGAGCGUGCCUCCCUGUUGUGCAUGAAGGCACUGGCCAGUAGGGGGCGCCUAGACACGGUCUCUCAGCAGAUGGCCACUCACCCACAGUAUCUGGAAAGCUUCCUGCAUAGCCAGCACUACAUUCUCUACAUGGACGGCCCCCUGCCUCUUGAAUACCGCCACUACAUAGCCAUUAUGGCUGCAGCGAGGCACCGUUGCAGCUACCUGGUAUCUCUUCAUGUGGCGCAGUUCUUGCGUGUGGGCGGAGACCCGCUGUGGCUCCAGGGUUUGGAGGCCGCGCCACCGCGCCUCCGUCACCUCGACCACAUCAACAAAGUCCUCGCCCACCAACCCUGGCUCACUGCGCGUUCCCACAUUCAGGCCCUGCUGAAGACAGGCGAACAGUGCUGGUCUCUGGCUGAACUGGUCCAGGCUGUGGUUUUACUGGCCCACUGCCACUCUCUCUGCAGUUUUGUCUUUGGCUCAGGGACCGACGCAGAUGCCACAGCCAGCACCAGGGCGUCUCACGGCACGCCCCCGGGCUACUGCCUGUGUGACGCUGCCAACGGCAACGCGGCCAUGCCCCCGUCACCCACCGCGCGCACAGACUGGACGCCGCGCCGGCGGUCUCUAGACUCCAGCUGUGAAGCUGAUUGCCUUCGAGAGCGAAUCCAGAAAUCUCAGGAGGAGAAGGAGAGAAUUUCUGAUCGGUCUCUAUAUACAGAUGUAGAAGAUGAAGAGGAGCUGGUGUGCUCCGCAGACCCCUCCCGCUUCGUCACUGACCCCGAUUUCGGCUACCAGGAAUUUGCCAGUCGGGAAGAUGACCAUUUCCAAGUAUUCCGGGUGCAGGACUAUUCGUGGGAGGACCACGGCUUUUCCCUGGUGAACCGGCUCUACUCCGACAUCGGGCACCUGCUUGACGACCGUUUCCGCAGCGUGGCCUCCCUUCCCUCCCAGCACAGUCCCGACCUUAAGAGAGCGAUCUGGAACUACAUCCAUUCCAUUUACGGAAUUCGUUAUGACGAUUAUGACUACGGGGAGGUGAAUCAGCUGCUGGAGCGUGGGCUGAAGCUUUACAUUAAAGCUGUCGCCUGUUACCCUGACUCCACCAAGACCCCCCUGUGCCCCCUGCCCUGGCCUUCUCUCAAAGCUUCAGAGAGGAUCCACGUGAAUCUGUUGGUGAUGGAGGCGCGGCUGCAGGCAGAGCUGCUGUACGCCCUAAGAGCCAUCACCCAAUACAUGAUCGCCUAG